AUGUCGCCUGGUGCAUCAUCAAGAGGUGCUGGCACUGGUGCUGGUGCUGGCACACGCACCGCCUACCGUCUGCCAACGCUCUCAUCCGAAGCUAACAAGAACGUCCUCUCGCUGCUGCGUCUCAUCAUUAUCUUCCUCAUCGCAGGCGCUGCCGUAUCAUCUCGCCUUUUUGCAGUGGUUCGACAUGAGAGCAUCAUUCACGAGUUCGACCCAUGGUUCAACUUUCGCGCUACCAAGGUGUUGACGACAGACGGAUUUUACAGGUUUUGGAACUGGUUCGAUGCGACAGCGUGGUAUCCGCUUGGACGUGCUGCCGGUGGAACCGCAUAUCCGGGUCUCAUGGUCACCUCUGGUGCUAUCUACAACCUGUUCCAUUCGCUCAACAUCCCCGUCGACAUUCGAAACAUCUGCGUGCUUCUCGCUCCUGCAUUCUCCGGUCUCACCGCUUGGGCCACCUACAUGUUCACCGCAGCCAUGAAGGAUGAUGCUGCUGGCUUGCUUGCAGCUGCUUUUAUUGGUAUUGCUCCAGGGUAUAUCUCGAGAUCUGUCGCUGGAUCGUACGACAACGAAGCCAUCGCAAUUUUCUUGCUCAUGAUGACCUUCUACCUGUGGAUAAAAGCGCUAAAGGACGGCUCGGCGCUGUGGGGUGUAGCUACCGCCCUGUUCUACUUUUAUAUGGUAGCCGCUUGGGGAGGAUAUGUCUUCAUCACCAACAUGAUUCCUCUGCACGCGCUGGUGCUCAUCCUCAUGGGGCGAUUUAGUUCACGCCUCUACGUUUCCUAUUCGAGCUUUUACGCCUUGGGCACCCUUGCAUCCAUGCAGGUACCCUUCGUCGGCUUCCAACCCGUUCGAACCAGCGAACAUAUGGCAGCCCUCGGUGUCUUUGGUCUACUCCAGCUCGUCGCCUUUGUCGAACUCAUCCGCUCGCACGUGCCUAGCAAGCAAUUCAAGCUUUUACUUGUGGCGUUCGUCGUGCUCGUCGCCACUUUGGCAUUUGGUGCUCUUGUAGCGCUGACUUAUGCUGGAUAUAUCGCGCCUUGGACAGGUCGAUUCUACUCGCUUUGGGAUACUGCUUACGCCAAGAAGCACAUCCCCAUCAUCGCAUCCGUGUCCGAACACCAGCCUCCCGCGUGGCCUGCGUUCUUCUUCGACUUGGAGAUGCUCAUCUUCCUGUUCCCCGUCGGCGUGUUUUUGCUGUUCAAGGAGCUAAGGGACGAGCACGUUUUUGUUAUCAUCUACGCCGUCAUGGCGAGUUACUUUGCUGGUGUCAUGGUUCGUCUCAUGCUGACUUUGACCCCUGUGGUCUGUGUCAGCGCCGCAAUCGCAAUGAGCACGCUGUUGCAGACAUAUCUCGAUCCCAAGGAACCCACACCUCUCGUGGAGGGUGAUGAUGAUCCGGAGGACGAGUCGGUGCUCAAACCCACUCGUUCAGCGGCAGCUUCGCGCAAAGGAGCUGACACCGCUACAGCCUCAAGGGAAGGUACCGUCGGGUCCUCGGAUUCAGAGCUUUUCCGCCCUGUUUCACCCGUUUUCCGAGCCUCGUCCUUCACAAGCUCCAAGUUUGGCGUCUUCGGACUCGACUCUCGCUUCUUCGUCACCAUCUACUCUCUGCUGUUGCUGCUCGUCUUUGUGCUGCACUGCACGUUCGUCACUUCCACCGCAUACUCUUCCCCCUCGGUCGUUCUCGCUUCACGCAACGCCGACGGAUCACAGCACAUCAUCGACGAUUUCCGCGAAGCCUACUACUGGCUACGCCAAAACACGGCCUCGGACGCCAAAGUUAUGUCGUGGUGGGACUACGGCUACCAGAUCUCCGGCAUGGCCGACCGACCCACGCUGGUCGACAACAACACUUGGAACAACACGCACAUCGCCACCGUGGGUAAAGCCAUGUGUUCUCCCGAAGAUAAAUCCUACCCCAUCUUACAAAAGCAUGACGUCGACUAUGUCCUUAUCAUCUUCGGCGGUCUGCUCGGCUUUAGCGGGGACGACAUCAACAAGUAUCUCUGGAUGAUCAGGAUCGCUCAGGGUGUUUGGCCAGACGAAGUGCGUGAGGCCGACUACUUUACACCCCGUGGUGAGUACAAGAUCGACGAUGGGGCGAGCAAGACGAUGCGCGACAGUCUGUUGUACAAGAUGAGCUACUACAGGUUCAACGAUCUGUUCGGAGGAAGGCCGGGGAUGGAUAGGGUGAGGCAGACGCCGGGACCGAGCAAGAGUCCCGAGUUAGAGUAUUUGGACGAAGCGUUUACCAGCGAGAACUGGAUCGUGAGGAUCUACGAGGUUAAGAAGCCUGAUGCGCUUGGUAGAGACUUGCCGGGCGUGAAAGGGUUUGAGAGCGGCAAGAGGAGGAAGAGGGCGUUUGCGUUACCUGCCGCAGCAACAACAAAGAACAAGUAA